GGCUCGAAAUGUUAUCAUUGUGAUAACUGUGAUAGCUGUUUACUUAUUUUGCUCCUGCAAGCUGCAACAACAUUUUAAAUUCUCCCAUUAACAAAUGGACGAGGACGCACUAGUUGAAAAUUUAAUGCAGUUGUUUGGCAAGAGACGUAAAAGUGAAGAAGAUCUUAAAUCCUUCGUGGAUUUUGUCGAGGAGCUUGACUACAAGACAUUGGAACGUUUAGUUAAAUCAAGAGUACAUUUUUCCGGUGGUCCACAGGUAAUCAACGCUUUGUUCUCCGGUCUUUCCCUAAAGAACCCUUCGCAAAAAAAGAGAAUCAAGCUUUUUGAACUACUUUUAAAAGAAUUUCAUUCUGGCGAACUACCUUCGAAAAAUGUAUCUGCUAUACUCGUUUGGCUUGCUAUGGAAGUAGAUAAAUUAUCUGACGUUCAUGUCAUAAGAAUUUGUGAUUUGUGUGUGGAAUAUGUUUCAAAAAGUGAGACUGAUCGCCAAACAAGCUGGAAAGAUUUACUACCAAAGCUGUUGUCAGUUGUAGUUAAAAAAAAUAUAAUCGACCACUAUGGAACUGAUAUGACUGGUGAAGCUUAUAAAAAACAGGUCAUAAAUGCUUUGUGCCAGCCUAAUUGGAAUAGCGCUGUACUGUGUUCAGUUGCUUCUAUGUUUGUUCAUAUUCCACUGAACCAAGAAGAGCAUGCCAAAAUUACAAACAAACUGUGUUUGAAGAUCCAGGAGCUUGCUCCUGAAGAAGUCCCAUCUAUCACACACCAGCUUCUCAACUUGACAAAGAAUCAGGGUGCAAUGCCUUUGUUCUUCGCCCUCAAGAAAUAUUACAACAAAAGGAUUUACCAUUUGGAUGAUUCUUCUUGUAUGCUCGACAGUGACAAGGUUGCUUUAAAACAGCUGGACAGCCAACAUGAUAUAAAUGUCUCGGUUAAGGAUGUCAAUGAUAGUCAAGCGAUGGUGCUCUACCACAUUGAACAAGCCGCAAAAAGGUCAUUGAACUGCAUAACUGAAUUGAUAAAAAAUGCGAAAACAUGUGUACCUUGUUCAGAAGUCAUGUUCGAUCCUUUUACACUUUCUGUUCUUCUCAUAAUAUCAAAUAUUUCUCAUCUUGAAACUCAAGUCAUGGAUGUUAUGAAAAAUAUGGUUGUUAAACUUCUGAUUGAGGAACAGAAAAGGUUCGAGUCAGAUUGGCUCAGGAAAAUUUUAAAUACUUUCUGCAAUGUAGAAGGGGUCAUCAUAAAGCUUAUUAAAAGUGGUACAUGUGAGAUAGAAGCUGUGCUUAGAGGACUUGUAUCACUAAGUAUGGUUUUACUGAAAACUGCUACAAAAGGGGACAAAGUAUCGCAAGCAGUGAGCCGUUUUGGACGAAUGAUUGCUGUAAAUAUUUUCAUCAAACACAGCCCAGUUGCUAGAACUUUGCUCAGUUCCAUAUCAACCAACAUUAUGAGUUCUCCCCUUAUUAUUCAGUUCACAGAUUGCUUAGGAGAACUUUGUGACAAUUCACCUCUGUUGGUCCUUGAACACGUUGAUGUCCUCAAUCACCUUUUAGAAGCACUGCCUUCAUUUCCUCAAUCCACUGCUUGUCGCAUAUUAUAUUCUCUAAUUUCUUUACUUAGAGUGAGUUCAAAACUAAGAGAUAAUCUUACUCUUAUUUUGCGUAAAUCUCUUUUCCUCCAUGACAUAGGUGCUAGAAGAGUCGCCGUCUCGGGUUUUCUACAGCUCUUGAAAAGGUUGAAAAUAUCAGGGAUGCAUUCACUCAGUCAGAAUUCGUUUCAAGCAUACACAUGCCCAAGUGUUUUUACUCAAACUGUUAUAGAUGUACAUACUCAACCUGCUAACAAUUUUCAAGAAAAUAACGGCAACAAUGAAGGCCUGUGUUUAGAAAUAAUAAAUAUCCUUAAAAGAUGUUUUUCCCAACAGUUAGCCAUAAAAGUCACUCUUUAUACAGGUUUAAACAGGGUGAUUAUUAAAAAUUCUGAGCUUUGUUUACCAGUUAUUGAAGUUUUCUUAGAACAUUUGGGAGAGUAUUUUGAGACAAGUAACGACAAAAUACCACCUUUGAAUUUCGACAAAGCUAUUAGUGUAACUGACACUGAAGUAGUCAUUAAAGAACCUUUGGGACAUUUGGUUUUCCUCAUGCAGCAAAUAAUUGUAACGUCAGACUCAAUGAUUACGGCCAUUGAGGGUGACUAUGAGUUUUCAGCGAACAGGACGAAGCUUUGCAAAAUCAUGGACUUGCUUGUUGGCGGUUUUUCAAAAUGUGAACUUACACAUUUAGAAAUUGAAGAUGAUACGGCUGGGCUAGAAAGAAAACUAAAAGAGGAAAAACUAUGCCAGUUCGUCAAUGUCUAUCAGGCCCUGAUCGCUUAUAUUAUUUGUAAAUGGGAUGUCAACAAGACAUCGGAGGAUGUCAAAAAGCUUAUGGCCCUUUUCAGGGCUUACAGCCAGUUUGAAGAAUUUUCUAAAAACUACAAACCUCCAAAAAAUGAUUUAUCCCAAAAAAAGAAAUCUAAGGAUAUGUCUGUUGCGGUUGUAUCUGGGAAGAAGCAGCAGUUCAGCCUGAACGAAACCGUUUUUGACUUUUCAACAGUUUAUAGGAUGCUCUCUUUGAUUUUAUGUGAAUCUGUUGACUGGUGUCUGGAUGAUGUGAUUGCGGAGAUGAAAGGGAAAAGAGUCUUUCAUCGUUUUAUCCUUCAGUCCAGUUUGGACGUCCUCCACAAAACCAAAAACAAGUUGGCUGAAGAGAAAUCACAUACAACAUUCAGUGAAGUCACAAAACUUGCCAAUUUGAUAUUCAAUAAAGUGCUGUUAUUAUUUAAAGAAGUAAUGGAUUUUGAUCCAGUUUCUACUGUGCUCGGAGUUGAAAUUUUCAAUGAGUGUUGUUCACUGGUUAUGUCGUAUUACAAGCGACGGUUUGAAAAGUUCCUUCAGGAAGUCAUCGGUACAAAUGAAGAACUAGGCCUGGACAAACUUCUAGAAAACGUCCUCAAACCUUACUUAAAGAACUUGAGUAAAGCAAUGGAUUGUGACGAAGAUGAGGCAGGAGAUGCAAACACAAAAUUGUUAGUCACGACGCUUAUAACUGGAGUUAAUUUACUAUCUUUGGAACUGCCUGUUGACGGAUUGUGCAUAAAUAAGGUUUACAGAUGGUUGCUGGAUUUAUGCCUGACUAAAACGUUAAAUUCAACACAGAAUGUUAAAACUCUGAUCACGUUGCUCUUGACGUUGCUGAUAAGGUGUAAAAGGGAGGCGACACUCCAUGACAAUCUUGCUCUUCAGCUCUGCACCCUUUUUAGCACUAUUACUGAUGAAGAAAUAGAAAAAGGCACCGUCAAUUUAAUGCUCGUAAAUGAUGCAACUAAAAUCAGCAUUUUCCCCAUACUUUGCCAAAGCCUCAAUAUUCGUCUUGAUGCUGUUGAAUGGGUCAUUACUAGAGUAAAAGCUGAAAUUGCUCUCAUUUCACAACCAGAUGCAGCUCAAACAGAGCCGCAAGCAAGAAAGGAGGUUUUAAAAAGAAAAGAAAAAGAGAUUGUUACCGAACUAGGCCUCAUUGUAUCGGCAAUACAAUGGCUCUGCAUGGCUGCGAUACCGCAAGAAUGUGCUGAAACCACUUGCAAACUUUUACAUCAUGCUUAUUCUUGCCUUAGUUCUUUUACAAAAUACUUUAUGAUGAGAGGGGAUCAGUGUUAUCAAGAAGCAAAAUUCAGCAAGCUUGUGAAGUUGGCGGCAACAAAUUUGUCCACACAGAUAGCUGAUUUUCUUCUUUAUAUAGAGUCCAUAGACCAUGAUGAAAAUACUAAAAAAAUUUCCAAUAAAAUGCUGCGCCAGGCAAAAAAGCAGACUGUUUAUAUUCCAAAGUUAGUCUCCGAGCUCGAAAAUUUUACAAAGUGUGUCACCCUGCUUAGCAAAAAAUCAAAAGACCCAACAUUGGUAUUGAAUGUCAAAUUAACAACAACAAGGGAUUUCCGGCUAAAUACAAAAAAGCUUCAGGAAGUGAUGAGGGAUCACAACGAUGUUGAUUAUGAUGAUGAAACAAGCAGCAAUGGCGUGGCAUCUCAAUUAUCAGCGAAUGGAAAUGAGUUCCCGGGUGCUGCUAUUGAACAGGAAUCACCUCAGCCUGGCCCGUCACGUUUGAACAAAAAACGAAAGUCACAAAAUGUAAAAACAUCGAAUAAAAAGAGAAAAACAAAGUAAAAUGUGUUUAUGUUUAUUAUUAUUUUUUAAUGUACAAAUGUUCUGUGAUAUGAAUUUUCUUUGUUAAAAAGAAUUGGCCCUCAUGUAUUAACUUCUUACUAAUAUAAAGUUAAGAUAAAUGAUUUUCAAA